GCCAGCUUCGAGUCCUAGCCUUCGGAGGCUCCACUACCAUGCUAAGCCCCCGCCCUAGCUCCGCCCCAAACGGUGGGGCGUCCAGAGGCGGGGCGAGUCGCUCCACGCCCUGGGAUUCAGAUCCGCUCUAGCCGCCAGAGGCGCGGCCUGUCUCCCCCUGCUGAAGCGUUCACUUUAAGUCUGGCCGGGAGGCAGCUCCAGAUCUCGCGGGAUCCGAAGCCCCGAGUCUCGCGAGAGGGACAAUCAGCUCCCAUUGGCUGUGAGGGUUGAAUGUAAGAUGGCGCCCAGGGAGCUGUGAGGAGAAAACCCUGUCGGUCUUGGAGCUACGACGGCAGAACCGGGGUCCCGGGCGGUGCGGCGGGGCCAGCGGGUAGAGCGGAGGCGGCGGCGGCGGUGACGUCGCCGGAAUAUUAGAAGUCUUAAGAACUCAGGACAAGCAACAGAAAUACAUGCAACAUGGUGACUGAGAUGGGGUUUCACCUUGUUGCCCAGGCUGAGGUGGAAGGACUGCUUGAGCCCGUGGAGCUAUGGACAUUACAGAAACAAUCCAGUGGCUCACGCCUGUUAUCCCAGCACUUUGGGAGGCCAAGGAACCCUAAGGACUCUGCAAUAUGAAUAAUUCCCUGGAGAACACCAUCUCCUUUGAAGAGUACAUCCGAGUAAAGGCACGGUCUGUCCCGCAACACAGGAUGAAGGAAUUUCUGGACUCACUGGCUUCUAAGGGGCCAGAAGCCCUUCAAGAGUUCCAGCAGACAGCCACCACUACCAUGGUGUACCAACAGGGUGCGAACUGCAUAUACACAGAUAGCACCGAAGUGGCUGGGUCUUUGCUUGAACUUGCCUGUCCAGUCACCACCAGUGUUCAGCCACAAACCCAGCAAGAACAGCAGAUACAGGUUCAGCAGCCACAGCAGGUUCAGGUCCAGGUGCAGGUACAGCAGUCUCCGCAACAGGUCUCGGCUCAGCAGCUUUCCCCACAACUCACCGUUCACCAGCCUGCUGAGCAACCCAUCCAGGUCCAGGUGCAGAUCCAAGGCCAGGCACCACAGUCAGCAGCCCCCUCCAUUCAGACCCCGUCUCUGCAGAGUCCCAGUCCCUCGCAGCUGCAAGCAGCUCAGAUCCAGGUGCAGCACGUGCAAGCGGCCCAGCAGAUCCAGGCUGCAGAAAUCCCGGAGGAGCACAUCCCACAUCAGCAAAUCCAGGCUCAGCUGGUGGCUGGCCAGUCUCUUGCUGGUGGUCAGCAGAUCCAAAUCCAGACCGUGGGUGCCCUUUCCCCACCACCAUCCCAGCAGGGCUCACCCCGGGAAGGGGAGCGGCGGGUUGGCACAGCCAGUGUCCUCCAGCCAGUGAAGAAGCGCAAAGUGGACAUGCCCAUCACUGUGUCCUACGCCAUCUCAGGGCAGCCGGUGGCCACCGUGCUGGCCAUUCCACAGGGCCAGCAGCAGAGUUAUGUGUCUUUGAGGCCAGACUUGCUGACAGUAGACAGUGCCCACCUGUACAGUGCCACUGGGACCAUUACUAGCCCUACAGGAGAAACCUGGACCAUCCCUGUUUAUUCUGCCCAGCCCCGGGGGGACCCUCAGCAGCAGAGCAUUACCCACAUUGCCAUUCCCCAGGAAGCCUACAACGCAGUUCAUGUCAGUGGCUCACCCACAGCCCUGGCAGCUGUAAAGCUGGAGGAUGACAAGGAGAAGAUGGUGGGCACCACAUCUGUAGUAAAAAACUCCCAUGAAGAGGUAGUGCAGACCCUUGCAAACUCUCUCUUUCCAGCACAGUUCAUGAAUGGCAACAUCCACAUUCCAGUGGCUGUGCAGGCUGUGGCAGGCACGUACCAGAAUACGGCUCAAACUGUCCAUAUAUGGGACCCCCAACAGCAGCCGCAGCAGCAAACUCCCCAGGAACAGACGCCACCACCACAGCAACAGCAGCAGCAGCUCCAAGUUACUUGUUCAGCUCAGACUGUCCAGGUUGCUGAAGUUGAACCACAAUCACAGCCACAGCCUUCCCCAGAACUUCUGCUUCCAAAUUCUUUGAAGCCUGAAGAAGGGCUUGAAGUAUGGAAAAACUGGGCCCAGACCAAGAAUGCUGAACUAGAGAAAGAUGCUCAGAACAGAUUGGCACCCAUUGGGAGGCGCCAACUGCUGCGAUUCCAGGAAGAUCUCAUCUCCUCUGCUGUGGCAGAGUUGAAUUAUGGGCUCUGUCUAAUGACACGGGAAGCUCGAAAUGGAGAAGGUGAACCCUAUGACCCAGAUGUGCUCUACUACAUUUUCCUGUGUAUUCAAAAGUAUCUUUUUGAAAAUGGAAGGGUAGAUGACAUUUUCUCCGAUCUUUAUUAUGUUCGGUUCACGGAGUGGCUACAUGAAGUUCUGAAGGAUGUUCAGCCCCGGGUCACUCCACUUGGCUAUGUCCUGCCCAGCCACGUGACUGAGGAGAUGCUGUGGGAGUGCAAGCAGCUUGGGGCUCACUCCCCCUCUACCUUGCUGACCACCCUCAUGUUCUUUAAUACCAAGUAUUUCCUGUUGAAGACAGUGGACCAGCACAUGAAGCUGGCCUUCUCUAAGGUUUUGCGACAGACAAAGAAGAACCCCUCUAAUCCCAAGGAUAAAAGCACGAGUAUCCGGUACUUGAAGGCCCUUGGAAUACACCAGACCGGCCAGAAAGUUACAGAUGACAUGUAUGCAGAACAGACAGAAAAUCCAGAGAAUCCAUUGAGAUGUCCCAUCAAGCUCUACGAUUUCUACCUCUUCAAAUGCCCUCAGAGUGUGAAAGGCCGGAAUGACACCUUUUACCUGACACCUGAGCCAGUGGUGGCCCCCAACAGCCCAAUCUGGUACUCAGUCCAGCCUAUCAGCAGAGAGCAGAUGGGACAAAUGCUGACCCGGAUCCUGGUGAUAAGAGAAAUUCAGGAGGCCAUCGCAGUGGCCAAUGCAAGCACUAUGCACUGAGAUGCCUUGGCCAUGGCAGAAGAGAAACCAGCCAGGAAAAACCAGACUUUUACACUAAAGAAGAGGCCUCCGUUUUUUCUUUUUUCUUUUUUUAUUGGUGUAGUUAUGAAGCCUUUCAGGCUGCUUCUGUUUAAAAUGUAAAAGAAAACUUUGCCCCCUUUGCAUCUUCAUAAAUCUGCUACGGCAGACUCCUCAGCCAAUGGGGGCUUUGGGUUUCCUUGAGAGUCAUAUGUCCUAGAAAGUUGCUGGCUGACUCUUUUUUGGCCUGGGGCCUGGUUAAAGAAAUGUGGCCCCUUUCCAUCUUCAAGAGAGAUGGAAUUAAUGAUGGAUGGACCCUUCAAGAAAUCUCCCAGCCUGCUUCCACUGGCCUGACAGACUUCGCUGACCACAGGGAAACGAUCUUUUCUUUCUUCAUGCUCAGACAUAAACUUAGCAUCUUAAUGGAAGAAAAAUGAGGGGAACUUCAAUUAUGAUUUAUUAAAGACAAUUUCUAUUACACCCUCCUUUAUGACAAGUGACAUUUUAGAUGUUAAAGUAAAAACUUUACCAUGCCUUUUUUUUUUUUUUUUUUUUUGGCCUGUCAUUGAGGCCUUAAAACCUGAGGCUCCUGUGCCUGAUGGAAUUCUUGUAACAUACACUUGUGUAUCAUAUAAAGAUACCACUCUGUUUCUCUUAUGUAUUCUUACUCUAGUUGUUUAUUAAGAAUGACAAGCACGUCUUUUCAA